GUGGCAUCAGGACGACAAGUCAUUAUGAGGGGUUGCGUUUCUCUGUUCAUUUUACUCUUGGCUGGCCUUACCUCGGGUGAUUCUCACAAGAGAAUCCUUGGAGGGGAACCUUGCGAUGACAAUUAUGCUAAGCACUAUGUGAAACUCAAGGCCACUAGAUUGAUAGAAGCUUUAAAUAAAAUGGAGUCACAAGAAUGUGGUGGCUCUCUUAUUCAUGAGAAAUGGGUCCUUACAGCUGAGCACUGCACUAGCUAUGGGAGUACAAUAACAGCGAUACUGGGUGCACAUCCAGGUGGAACACCUAAACCAGAAGAGGUCCAGAUUCCUGAAGAAAACAUACGACGUAAUGUAAUCAAAAGUGUUCCUCAUGACAUCAUGCUGCUGAAGCUACCUAAGGCAUACCCUCAGUUCACUACCAUUCAGCUUCCUCCCUCUACAUGCCAGACACCUGUGUUGAAGGAGAAUGUGAGAAUUGCAGGCUGGAGUUACACAGAAGGUGGUAGAAAGCCAGAGAAACUACAGUGUUCAAAAUCAGGAGACCUCCAAGUCUCCAAGAGUGUUUCCCCACAGAAGAUGCUCAAACCAAAAUUCAAAUGCGAUUCUGCGCAGCAGCUCCAGGGAAGAUGGACGCCUGCCAUGGGGACUCUGGAGGAAGUCUGAUGAACAAAGAUGGCCUCCUGUAUGGUGUGACCUCACGGGCUAGUAAAAUAGAGAGUAAAGUUCCAAUCAACUUCAUGGAUGUUUGCAAGUACCGAGAAUGGAUAAUGGAAGAAAUCAAUAAAGAUAAUUCAUUGAAUAGUGAGUAAACAAAUGAUGUUCUCCAAAU